CUUUCCUUUCUUGAAGAUUUCUAAUGGCAUUAAAAUCCCCAGCUAUACACCAGUUUCCUUUGUUGGAACAAAUGAGGUUUGAUAGAUUCUCCCAUAAAAUUCUUUUAUUUACCAGAUCAAAUGAGAAAUAGACAUUAACCAAAUAGCAAGGAAUGUUUUCUUCUCCCCAAAUAGCAAGGAAUGUUUGGGUGGAACUAAUCUGUUAUGCUGCGGCUAAUUGUAAGCCAAAUGUGCAUGCACAACAACCAAGUAAGGGUGGAGAACUGCUCACCUUCAUCUGGCUGUGUAUGUCUCAUUUGGAUGCGGAAGGAGCAUUUCCGUUUUACAGAAUAAGAAAAAUCAGGCAGAUGCAACAGGGCCGGAAUUGAUGAAUUUCGAAAUACAUAGUUUGAUUCUUUUUUGUGUGAUUUUUUUUUUUUUUUUGGUACAUAGUUUGAUUUUUGUAUGUUUUGGUCUCUGUUUGUCUAUCACUUCUUUCCAUUCAUUGUACUUUUAGAAAUGCUUUAUUUUUAUUCAAUUUAAUGGAAAUGCAUUAGUUUUCCCAUUCCAAAAAUAGAUUUGAUAGAAUUGA